AUGACCCGUUUACAGGACCCAUCGAACGCUCUCCUUUCGUACACACAGAAAGGAAUUGACUUUUUCGAAAAAAUCGGUCAAUUUUCAAAAGAAAAAGCGGCUAUUGAGGAAGAGUAUUCAACAAAACUAAAAAACCUUGCGAAAAAAUAUGCGAAAAAGUCCGAAGAGGAAGAUGAGGUAUUGAAAAGCGUGAGUUACAUAAACUCCUUCAACUCAUAUCUCCAACAGCUUGAUCAAAUUGCAGGAAAACAUCACGCAGCUGCAGAAAGCACCCGAGAAGAUAUCGUGUCAUACGUUUCGUCGAAAACGUGUCAGCUAAGAAGCUCGCGCAAAAAUGCAAUAAAUGAUCUCAAAACAAUCAAUGAUAUUCUUGAAGAUCAAAUAAACGAAAUGUGGAAGUCUGGAAAAUUCUACUCAAAGUCUUACAAAGAAGCAGAAAAUGCUUAUCAGAAGUUCUACAAAGCGGAUAAAAAUCUCGAAAUAUCUCGGCUUGAGCUCGAGAAAGCGAGAACACAUGCAAACACGCGAAAUGAGAUUUGUGAGAAAUCGAAGAAUGACUAUUCUCGCACAGUAUCCAACACGAAUUUAGAGCAAAAGAAGUAUCACGAUGAACUGCUACCCGUCAUAUUUUCAAGAUUGAAAGAAGUAGAUAAAGAAUGUAUUGGUGACAUGAGACAUGUACUUCAAAAAUUGAUUACUGUUGAUGAAUGCCUGGCAGAAGGAAUUGGAAAUUGUCGGCUAAAAAUGCAGAAUAGUAUUAAUCGUAUUGAUUCCGAAGCUGAUGCGCAGCUUGUUCUCGAUUCUGUUGAGGCAACAAUAGAAAAACCAACUUCAUUUGAUAUCGAAGAUCUUGGUGAUCCAAAAGAUUGUGAUAGCCGGGCAAGCGAUUCUAUCGAUGGGAAGCAGCGUGUCGAGGUAGCCAUAUCAUCGUAUCAUGUCCUGAAAAGUCCAAACAAGAAAAAAAUAAUUCGAAAUUUUCUGGGUAUGAGGGAAAAGGAGUCAGAAGUACCCAGAGAGUCAGAAUCUCCAAAAGAAGCAUAUACGGAUAACUCCAAGCCUCCUCAAGUGCGGCUCUCUUGUCUCCGCUCUAAAAUUAAAAACAUGGAAAAACAACUGGAACAGGCUGUUCAAGGGAGGGAAGGUAUGCCGACCGAAAGAUCUUUCGGAGGAAGAGACACACCAGACACAACGAGAAGCGUUUCAGGAUGUUCCACAAAUUUAUCAUCUUUGAGAACUCAUGAAGACGGAAUAAGUGGAGAAAAAGGAAUGUCAUCAGGAGACGACUCGGCAAAACAAAUACUUCGCCAGUUUCUGUCCUCCCCGAAACGACUCCUGUCUUCACCAAGAACUCCCAAAAGUGGCCAAAAACCUAUUUCAACUACACCGAUCCGUCGAAAAAAUGAUAUCUCUUCGCCAGUUUUGAGAUCUUCGUUUUCUGGAGUCAUAAGAAAAACGCCAGUAUCGAAUUCAGUUAUUUCAUCACCACACCGAUCCGUUUCUUCUCCCAUGAAAAUUGACAAAUCAGAAAUGCUCGUAACGGUUCUUUUCAAAUUCGAGACGUCAUCUGCUGAGACAAUGUCUAUCUCACCAGGUGAAGAACUUUAUAUUCAAGAAGGAGACAAUGGAGAUGGAUGGACAAGAGCUAGAAAGAAGAAAGGACAAGAAGUUGGAUUUGUUCCAACCUCAUAUCUCCAAUUUCCCGGAUUAUCUACAGCAAUCACUCCUCCGUAA